GAAUAAUUUCAAAAAAUUCAACGGAAUCAUAACAACCUCUUCACAUUGCUUUCAUGCGAUGGUUGCUCUAGUCGAAUAAAAUCGUCGAUUGAUUUUGAACACAAGAAAGAUGUCUGCUGCUAAACGUGUGCAGCAAUGGGCGACUUUGUCUCGUAUGUGGUAUCUUUUUGAUGCUCAGUGGCAAGAUCCAUUCCGCUCUGCUCCUAUUUUGGCCUUAUAUCUUACCGGCCAAAACAAGCCUAUCUAUCACCCAAUGAAUGACUGUGGAGAUCAUGUUGUAGUGAUCAACAGUAAAGAAGUAGCUUUGAGGGGAGAUGAAUGGAAGAAAAGAGUAUACUUUCAUCACACAGGCUAUCCAAAAGGAGCAUCAUGGACACUAGCCUGGCAAGUGCACGAAAAAGACCCAACAAUGGUUAUGAAAAAAGCUGUGUACAAAGCCAUGGACAACAAUCUUAUUCGAAGAACUAAUAUGGAGAGAUUACACAUUUUCCCAGGAUCACAGAUUCCAGAAGAUAUAAAACGUAAUAUUAGUGGGCAAAUCAGACCAAUCAUGCCUGUACCCAAGAGACUGACAGAGUACAGUAAGGAAGAUGUUGACAACUUUCCCAAAAUAUUUGAUUAUCCUAAUGAUUAUGUAGUCCGAUGAUUGGAAAUUUAUAGUUUCUACUGUAGUGUAAGUGAAUUAAUAAAAAAAAGAAGAAAGAACAAA